GCAGUUGCGUCGGGUCACGUGACAUAAACAAUCGUCCAUCUUGAUUCAGUUGAUUCGUACCGGAGCUCAGCGUGUCAGCGGGAAGUUGAAUCGUAGGUUGUCCGAAAGUUUCUCGUCCGUCUAAUGGUUGUAUCGAAGUAACAUCCAAGAGACUGAACAAUGAAGAUGAGCAAACUGUCAGAUCUGGAGGGCCACGAGGACCGUGUCUGGAACGUUGCGUGGAAUCCGUCCGGGACGAUCCUGGCCAGCUGCGGAGGGGACAAAAGCAUCCGACUCUGGGGACUUGAGGGAGGCAGUUGGGUUUGCAAGAGUGUACUGCUGGACGGCCAUCAGCGGACGGUGCGGGGCGUGUCCUGGUCGCCUUGCGGCAGGUACCUGGCCUCGAGCAGCUUUGACGGCACCACAUGCAUCUGGCGCCGGCAAGACGACACCUUCGAGAGCUGCGCCACGCUCGAAGGGCAUGAGAACGAGGUGAAGGCCUGUGGCUGGUCCCCCUCGGGCCGCUUUCUGGCCACAUGCAGCCGUGACAAGACUGUCUGGAUCUGGGAGGUUGGGGAAGACGAGGAGUUUGAAUGUGCCUCGGUGCAGACCUGUCACUCACAGGACGUCAAGAAGGUUCUCUGGCACCCUGAUCGAGACGAACUGGCUUCCGCAAGCUACGACAACACUAUACGCUUCUUCUGCGAGGAGGUGGAUGACUGGCAGUGCUACUGCACCCUGGACAAGCAUGCAUCCACCGUUUGGGGUCUCAGCUUUGGUCCAGGACCAGAGCCGCAGCUGGCUUCGUGCGCCGCCGACGGCUCGGUGUACGUCUGGGGCACCAAGGGGGACCGCAGGAGCUGGGAGUUGUGCGGCACCCUGGAAAGACACCCAAGGCCUGUCUAUGAUGUGUCCUGGUGUCGGACAAGGGGAUUCCUGGCGACAGCUUGUGGGGACAAUGCAGUGCGGGUCUUUGUCAAGGACGGAGGUGACUGCAGCUGGCGCUUGGGCUGCACGCUGACGCAGGCCCACUCUCAGGACGUCAACAGCGUCUCUUGGAGUCCCACCGGCGGGCUACUGGCUUCGGCGGGAGACGACGGCUACGUGCGCCUCUGGCAGAUAGACUAACUUUAGGCUACCCAAUAAAGAAAGGGGGGAGGGGUACUUGUUUGUUAUGUUUA